AUGGCGCAUCCAGCGAACGGGACGGAGCUAGAGUUCGACUGCCUGGAAGACGGUGCAAUGCCGUCAGAAAAUGGUGUCAACAUUUUCACGGAUGGGAGUAAGCUGGAGGGUAAGGCGGAACUACUGGCUCUAGACGAAGCGGUGAAAUGCGCACGAAGGUCCCCAGAAUGUUGCCACAACAUCCUGUCGGACUCCCGAUCGGCCCUACAGAUGGUCAUAAAUCCUAAUACGAAUCACCCUCUGGCAGUACAGGUAAGGAACAAUAUAAAAGAGAUUAGGGAAAAAGGCAGAAGAAUAAAAUUAUAUUGGAUUAGAGCGCAUAUCGGAACGGUCGGAAAUGAAAGGGCUGAUGAGUUGGCAAAAGAGGCUGCGUUAAAAACCAAAAGGAAGGCUGAUUACGACAAAUGUCCGGUUUCAUUCGUCAAGCGACAAAUCCGAAAGGACUCGCUUGACGAAUGGAACCGGAGAUAUACGGAAGGCACGACAGCCUCUACAACAAAGAUCUUUUUCCCCAAUGCAAUAAAGGCGUACACAAUUGUGAGGAAAAUCGAGAUGGAGCCAAUAAUAGUGCAGGUGUUUACGGGACACGGCGGGUUCUCCAAAUACUUGCAUCGUUUUAAGUGCAAGGAGGACCCGUCGUGCUCAUGUGAGUCGGGAACCGAACAAGACGUCUUACAUUUGAUAGUUGAUUGUCCGAUAUACAGUAGACAAAGACAUGAG